UCCUCAGAAAUGUGUUGACCAACGUCAUCGAAACGCUUCACGCUGCGCGAUCGCAGUAUCGACGAAAAUUGUCGCAGCGACGCAAGAUUAUUUGAGAAUAGGUUUGGCCAGCAUAAUUUUUUGGGACGUUGUAUAGCCUCGUAGCGAAAUACGGUGAGCUUGCGAACCUGAUCGCGGCGACGACUAUAAUACACUUUCGACGGUUUGACGGCCGCCAUUGCUAGGUAUGGCCAUGAUGGACCCGAGUGCUUGGAAUGGACAAGACCAGCCCAUGUCCUCGGCCGGCGAAGAUGACUUUCAACAAUUUCUUGAGAUGGGAGGCAUGUCUAGUUUGGGAGACGGCUUGCAAUUUGAUUUCCACGACUUCAACAGUGUUAACGGCGCCUCGAUGAUGCAUCAGCCUCAUGGCGAUUCCAUUGAUACUCCGAUGAGUAACUCGAAUGUACCAACAAUUAUUGCGAGAAAUGAUAUGGGGCCGCAGAGCCAGAUGUCUCCCAUGACAUCUGCUCCGAGUCACCCAGGGAUUCCAACCCAAAUGAUGCCUCCGCACCACACAUCCUCUGAUGCUAUCUCCGAGAUAGAUGCGCAGAUACAGUUCCUGCAGCAGCAGAGGCUACAGCAGCAAAGAAGACAGCUAGAGGAGCAGCAGAGGCAGUUUAGGGAACAGCAAGCCGCUUUCUAUGCCCAACAACAGAGAAACAUGGUACCGCCGACCCCUCAAAGCCUUGAGAUACAAGCAGCAAACCAAUUCUUUGCCUCGCAAGACCAAGCGCACUCUUCAGGCAUGUUCGACGGAUACCAUCAACAGUUAAAGGAGCCACAAGAUAUGGCCUUCACCCCGCUAGUAUCCCCUGCGGUAACGCCCCUUGAGCCUCACUUUCCAGUUGACCCCGGAUUUUCUCAGUCGGGGCCCUACUUCAGCCCCUUGACCUCUCCUGCACUACAUGCGCAGAAUGAGUCUACGUCGACAUUUGAUCAUAGGCACUCGGGUCACACAACGAAUUCUCCUAUUGAAAUGGACAUCGAGCCGCCUCUAGCACAAAGCAGUACGACAAAUUUAUCGAAGAAGGUACGCAAAAGCAAUGCUACCAAGGCGAGAAAGUCGAACAUCCGACAGUCUCCCAUCACAAAACCCCAAAGACGAAAAACGGGUUCGACUCCCAUAAUCAAUGCACAGGUUCUUAGUGAAUUAGCCGAAUCCGCAACCGAGAGCUCAGAACACCCCCCGCAGCCCAAGUCUGUCUCGGCAGUGUCGACGGAAGAAUCAGAGAAUGCCUCAGUAUCCCCGGAAGCUCUUGAGAUGCCCCCUCCGCCGCUUCCUCUACCACGUUCCGCCAGGCAAUCUCCGUAUAUUCAGCCGCAGACUAACGGGAGCACGGCGCCUUUGGUGUUACCUACCUCCUUGGGCGGGAAGCCGUCGCCCGCAACUCCGGCUUCACUUUUUAGAAUAUCACCGAAGAGCAAGUCGGCUGACCCGAAUAAUCCUGAGCACGGCGGUUCCGAACAUAUAGAAAGCUUCGAACUUCCCGAAUCGGUUAACUUCUCCAAGCCCGAUUUACCUUUGAUCGACACUCAACAACCGGUAAGAGUAUCUACCGAAAUAGAGACGGCAAAGACAUCCACGUUUCAGUCUCUUCCGUCCCCGGUUCUCCCCAAGCCAACGGGCUCGGCAACGGCAUCAGCAACGCAGAGCCCUCAGCUCACUCCUAAAUCUACCACCCCCAACCCCAGAAAAACUCCGUUGAUAGCUCCGAGAGGUCCUAAGAAAAGGCCUAGUAUUAGUUCUGUUUCACCAGCUCUACGUCCGAAAAUAUCCCCGAAUAUCAAGCCGCUGCUCCCGGGGACACCUGGCCUGUCUGCAGAAGAUUCCGCAUCAAGGCUACUAGCAUCCAAAUCGAACUACCAGAACAUAUUAGAAGGGAAUACCGUCCCGGGAGUGUCGUAUCCAAGCGAGCUAUCCACAAACCUAACUUCGAAACGGACUUCGCACAAAAUUGCAGAACAAGGGCGUCGAAACCGUAUCAACUCUGCACUCCAAGAGAUUGCAACUUUGCUGCCAGCAAAUGUUGCUAGAGAGUUAAGUGAAGGCGACGGCGAGGCUGGGAACGGGGAAAAGAAGGACGGCAAGCAAUCCAGCGCGCCGAAUAGCAAGGCUAGCACAGUGGAGUUGGCAAUCGUAUACAUCAAACAACUACAACAAGAAAUAGCCGAAGCGAAUAGGAGAGCAGAUGAAGCCGAGAAGAAACUUGAGAAGAAACUUGAGGAGAAAGCGACAGCGAGUUGACAAUGACCGAAUGGCGAAGACCGGGUGGCAGAGCCUCCAUUUACUAAAGGUUGGCAAUGUAUCGGAUUACUUAUAUUGUUUGCGCACCGACUUGCUAUGCGAAUUAGAAGGCACGUUGUUAGACGACAUCUUCCACGGGAAGAAUAUAAUAUGAAUAUCCCUAGUUAUCACCUAAUGAAGCUAAAAUGUACUGUUAUAUAGGUAGGUAUACUUUGAGGGAGUGUAACAUUUUACAAUAUGAAAGGAGGUGGUUACUGCUGUGGUAGAGCGUUGCGACGAUUAUGGUGGGAAAGCUUAACGAGGGAUUUAGAAGCUUUGUAUUUAUAUCACGAUUGUUGUAUAUACGUAUAGGUAUGCUACGACAGUAAACCUGUUGUGGACCUAUGUAUGAUACAUGUUAGGUUAGGUACUUAUUAUAGAAUGACUUGCUAUAGAAUAAUUUAAAAUUUAAUGCAGAUAAGUAGAAAUACUCAGCCG